AUGCAGCUGAGACCAAGACUUAAAAAUAAUCAGAAGCUGCAACAACAUAAACAUCCAAAAAGCAGAGAGAUCUCACAGAACUUGAAUGGUAAUACACAGCAAACAUUCGAACUACCUCCCGCUGCUGAGCUUAGCAUGGCUGAUCGAAAGCUUUUGAAGGAUUUUCGUAAAAGAAUGGAUAAGUUUCAACAUGUUGUUUGUCCUGUUUGUAAUGAAAGUUAUCUGUCAAUGGUGCUUGUAAAAGGAAAAUGUCGACGGUGCUAUAGUGAAAAGAUCAUGCCUAAUAAAUUUUCCGCAGAUAACAAUAUGGACCCAGGAGACAUUCCAGAAGAACUUCAAGACCUCACAGAGAUUGAAGAAAUGCUUAUUGCAAGAGCCUUUACUGUAAUGUCCAUAUACAGAUUACGCGGUGGUCAGUAUGGAUACAGAGGAAAUGUUGUAAAUUUUCCUCAGGAUAUAUGUGAAUUUGCAACACGGCUUCCACGGCAUCCAUUGUCAUUGGAAGUUCUAAUUGUACAACGCCAUUCUGCUCAUGAUUUAACAGCAUUCCGAGAUUUUACUGUCUGUCGGGCAAAAGUCACUUGUGCAUUACAUGAAGAACUUGCUAUUAAAAGCACACUUAAUCGAAUACAAUUCGAAAAUCCGCCCAUGACAUGGCCACAGAUUGACAAUAGUCCUAUAAAUGAGUUCCAAACCCCAGGUUAUAUUGCAAUGGCAUUCCCAACAUUAUAUCCAACUGGAAAAGCAGAUCUUCGUGCAGAACAUAUUAGAGAUAUAAAGCCAGCUGAAUACUUCAAGCAUCUACUUAGAUAUAAGGAUGGAAGAUUUGGACAGCACACCCGUUGGCGUUACUUUGCAUUGAAUUCUCAGAUGCGAUGGCGGGCAUUGCAAGAAGGGAAAAUAUAUGUUAAGCAAAACUUAAAUGAUGAUGAACUUACUGUUAAUGACAUCCAAGAGAGAAUUGCAACAGGUGAUAAACACAUGGCUGAUCGGAUAAUGCAGUAUGGCAAUGGAAUAUGUGGAUCACGGCAAUUCUGGAUGGCACGGAGAUGUGAGCUGGCAGACAUGAUCAAACAGCUGGGUUCAAAUGGAAUGAUAUUUUUUACAUUUAGUUCUGCUGACCUGCAUUGGCCUGAAUUGCAUAAGUUAAUGCCAGAAAGAAAUACAAAAGAAAAUGAAUACACAAAACUUUAUCAUACAAACCUUGUUGAUAAUCCACAUGUAGCUGCUUGGUUUUUCAAUAAAAGAUUUGAAAAAUUUUUCAAUUAUGUGCUGAAGAAACAUUGGAAUCUGGAAGAUUGGUGGUACAGAUUUGAAUGGCAACAUCGUGGCAGUGUCCAUGUACAUGGUAUUGGAAAGAUAAAAAAUGGACCAACAAUUGAAUGGGAAAAAAUAAAAGAUGAUGAGAAUGCAAUGAAUGAGAUAGUCAAAUAUGCUAAUUGCCUAGUUACCACAAUUAAUCCAGGGAUUGAUGCACCUAUUCCAAACCGUCAUCCAUGCCAGAAGGAUCAUAGUGAACUGCAAGAUGAUUUGCAAGAUUAUAUUGAUCUAAUUAAUAAGCUGCAGCGACAUACCAGAUGCAGUCCUUCUUACUGUAUCCGCAUUAAUCAAAAAGGAGAACAGAUAUGUAGGUUCAAAUAUCCCAAAGAAAAGUCAGAUCACACAUUUGUGCGUGAUGAUGGCCAUGGCAGACCAGAACUUGUAACAGCACGAAAUGAUCCACUUAUAAAUCCACACAGCAGAUUACAACUGCAAGGAUGGCAGGCAAAUGUUGACUUAAAACCUAUCCUCAGCACACAUGCAGCCCUACAAUAUAUUUCUAAGUAUGCAAGUAAAUCUGAACCAUGGUCAGUAGCAUUUUCAGAAAUAUACAACCAGAUACUUAGAACAAGUCAGAAGAAUGAACCUUCCCUGAUUACAAUUCAGAAGCUCCUCCUCCACAGUGUUUCUGAGCGUGAUAUUUCAGCUCAAGAAACAGCUCAUCUUCUUCUUGGAAUUCCUCUAUACCAUUCAAGUCGUUCAUUUGUUACAUUAAAUCUUAACAAGGAAUCACCACGAUGGCUUCACGGUAGUGGAAGUGAGAAAGGAACAAGCAUAAGCAAUAAAUUUGGAUGCACAGGACAAUCUCCUUUGACAAAGUACUGGAAUAGACCUGUAGAAUUUGAAGACUUUUCACUAUUUCAGUUAAAUCUAACACACAGAUUUGUUAAUGGAAAUUGGAAAAAAUGUACAAAAGAAAACAUAGUCCGAAUAUGGCCACGACCAUCACCAAUACAUCAAGGAUCUGAUUGGGAAGAAUUUUGUCGAGUAAAGGUCCUUCUUCAUGUCCAGCACAGAAAUAUUGAACAAUUGACCAAAAGUGGUGAUAUCAAAUGGUCAGUACUGUAUGAUCAUUAUAUUGAAGAGAUCAACAAUAGCCCAAAUGACCUGCUUGGACCAGCUACAGACAAUAAAGAAGAGAUUUCUGAAGAAGAGGAGCUACUGGAAGAAGAAAAUGAUGAUGAUCAGGAUGAGUACAGACCUGAUUGGAUGAUUCUUGCAGAGAUGGGACCAAAUGCAAACAUAGAGCAUUCAUCUGACUUGGGAAACUGUGAUAUGGAUCGAAAUCAUGAUUGGCUUAAUGAUGGUAAACAACAUUAUAAGGCUUCAGAUCUUGCAGAUGCUAACAAUUUUUUGCAACACAUAACUGAAAAUGAGCUAGAAAAUGAAGGAGAUGAAAAUCAUGGUAAUGUCAACUAUGAUAGCUUGAAUAAAAAGCAACGGAUAGUAUUUGAGAGGAUAAAAUCACAUUACCACAGCAUACUCACAAACUCUCAAACUGAACCACUAAGAAUCAUCAUCAUGGGAACAGCAGGAACAGGUAAGUCAUACCUUAUAAUGGCAAUCAGACAUAUGUUUUGUGAAGUGGCAGGGAAGACUCCACUACUUGUACUUGCACCAACAGGAGUUGCAGCCUUCAAUAUUAGAGGGAGAACAGUUCACUCUGCACUAUCUAUACCAAUAUGUAAUAGUAGUAAUAACCUAGAUAUAAAUGGAGAACGGUUAAAAAUAUUACAGCAAAAGUUAGAAGGUGUAAAGUAUAUCAUUAUAGAUGAAAAAAGUAUGAUUGGGCGCAGGAUGCUUGCUUUGAUUGAUAUAAGGCUACGACAAGCUUUUCCUGAACAUAACAAUGAACCUUUUGGUGGACGAUCAAUAAUCUUGUUUGGUGAUUUUGGGCAGCUUCCACCUGUGCUCGAUCUUCCCAUGUAUGCUAGCAAUCAGCAUGACACAUUGUCAAAUGAUGGAUUUGCUGCUUAUAAGCAAUUUCAGGAAGUGUACAAGCUUGAUGUAAUUCAACGGCAAUCUGGAGAUUCUGAAGAGCAACAAAAAUUUAGGGAGAUUCUCUUACGGUUGCGUAAUGGAGAAUCAACUAUAGAAGACUGGGAAAAGCUCAGAUCCUUGAAUUGUCCAGUAGCUAAAAUCCUUGCUAUACAUACUGGUGGCAGGGAGGCGAAAAAUGCUGAUUCUGAUAUGGCAAAAGGACUUGAAGCUCAGGUGUUCUUAGCCAGAGGGGCACGUAUCAUGUUAACAGCAAAUCUGUGGACAGCAGCUGGGUUAGUUAAUGGCUCCAUGGGGACUGUUCGGGAUAUUAUCUAUAAUGACCAAGGACCACCGUACCUUCCUACAGUAGUCUUCAUUAGCUUUGAUAAGUACAAAGGGCCAGCCAUUACUGCCUUAGAUGGAACCAAAGUUGUCCCAAUCACACCAAUCCGACGUACUUGGGAAAGUAAAAAUGGAAGAGUGUGUUCGCGAUUACAAUUUCCAGUUUGUCUUGCCUGGGCCAUCACAGUGCACAAAAGUCAGGGACUCACCUUACCAAGAGUUAAAAUAGAUCUUGGAUCAAAAGAAUUCGCAGCAGGUCUUUCUUUUGUAGCAGUGUCUCGUGUGCGUGCUCUAGAAGAUCUUCUCUUUAAACCUUUCAGUUUUGAAAGGCUCGAACGAAUCAAGCUUUGCAGAAGACUACAAGAAAGGAAGGAAGAAGAAAAAAG